AGAGGCAAAAGAGGAUGGUCAUGUCCAGCACUGCUAGGCACUUUCUGCGGUCAUCUGAUUUCUUGCCCAGUUCCUCAUCCUUCCACAGAGAGGCAAGCUAGUGCCGAAUGGGAAGCCGUGUCUCUAAGUAGCCUUUGGAGGUUUGUCCAGGAGAGACAGGAACCAGAAGCCCUACAGGGGAACAGCCCCCUGACCUUCCAGCCAUGCAGCUCUGAUAAGUAGGCAGGCCCCAUGCCGGGAGAGCCACAGACAAGCCGGGUGAUUUUGAUAGAAAUUAGUUAAGCAAUCUUGUCUCUGGAGCUCACGGCCCAGCUCUGGGUGCGAGCCUCUGACAGACACUGUCAUCUGCAGCCACAGUCAUGGCCAACAGGACCGACGCCUCUGUCCCGCUCACCAGCUAUGAGUAUUACCUGGACUACAUAGACCUCAUUCCUGUGGACGAGAAGAAGCUGAAAGCCAACAAGCAUUCCAUCAUCAUUGCCCUGUGGCUGAGCCUGGCUACCUUCGUGGUGCUCCUCUUCCUCAUCCUGCUCUACAUGUCCUGGUCGGGCUCCCCGCAGAUGAGGCACAGUCCCCAACCCCAGCCAAUAUGUCCGUGGACUCACAGUUUCAACCUCCCCCUGUGCCUCCGGAGGGCCUCCCUGCAGACUACAGAGGAGCCAGGAAGGAGAGCUGGCACUGACCAGUGGUUAACGCAGCAGAGUCCUUCUGCCUCAGCCCUGGGGCCCCUGGCUCUCCCCUAGGACCAGGUUCAGGAUGGGGGUCCCAGGGCACCAGCUGACCUCACACUCAAGCAGUGGUGAGCCUGGAGACAGAACAUCUCACCUGUACAACGGAUGAUGCCAGAGAGCCAGUCGGGCUCAAGCAAAGCGGUGAACUCAAACCAACCCAGGCAGCUACUUCUUUUUUAGGGCUGUUUACAAUGGCCUUGAAUAUAGCAGGAAACUGACCAGGACAAAACCAAGUUUACAAAGAGGACCAUCACACACAGUAAUAGUGCGGCUAGGAUGCAGGAGCUGCCCUAGACACAGCUGACUCUGUUGAGCAUGCUUAGCCUGCCUCCUGCUUACAUUUGCUUAGGGAUACACAGGAAAAUAAAAUGUGAAUUAGGAUAAAGAAA